GCUGACAGUUUCGAUUUUUUCUUAUAACUAUACUACUCUAUAUUUAUAUUUGUGUAAGCUUAUUAUUACAAAAAAUGGCAAGCUUUGAUGGAAGAUAUGCUUUUAUUGCGGACUGGUACGAUACUAACGCAGCUCUGACUCGAAAAUACCAACUUUUCUACUAUCCAAAGGACAGCACUGUAGAGAUGUUUGACAUCAAGAAUAAACGAGUAUUUUUGAAAAGAUCAAAAUGUGAAGAAUUACGAUUACAUGAUCUACAUAUUGGGGCUGUAGUUAAUAUUCAUUCAAGACAGCUAACUAUUAAAGAUUAUGCAGACAUUAGUACUUCAAAUCGUUUGAAGUCCAAAAAUGAGAAGACAUUUGCAAUGGUGAAACCAGAUGCCAUUAACGAAGUUGGAACUAUUAUUGAUAUAAUUUACCAAAAUGGCUUUUCAAUUUGCAAUAUGAAGUCUGCGGUACUUUCAAGACAAGAAGCGGAAGAAUUCUAUGAAGAACAUGUUGGCAAGCCUUUUUUCAACAAUUUAAUUUCGUUCAUAACAUCUGGCCCGGUUUUAGCGAUGGAAUUAAUGGCAGAAAAUUCUGUUACCCUUUGGAGAUCCUUAUUAGGCCCUACUGACUCGCGAGAUGCAAGAACAAAUAAACCCAGUACCAUUCGUGCUCGAUUUGGAUUUGAUAACACGAAAAAUGCUUGUCAUGGUUCAGACUCUGAUCGUUCAGCCAAUAGGGAAAUCGACUUUUUCUUCAAAGCAAACGCGGAAAGACGAACGACUGCGAGAGUCUCAAAUAGUACUCUGUGUAUUAUUAAACCGCAUUCUGUUAAGGAAGGAGUCGCCGGAAAAAUACUAAAAAAUAUCCAAGAUAACGGAUUCUAUUUAAAUGCUUUGGAAAUGUUUCACUUGGAAAUUAUAAAUGCAGAGGAAUUUUUUGAAGUGUACAAAGGUGUUGUACACGAAUACAAUAAAAUGGUCGACGAACUAUGUAGUGGACCAUGUAUUGCAAUUGAAAUUUUUGGUGAAGGUGACGUUCAUAAAACAUUUCGAGACUUUGUUGGACCAUCAGAUCCGGAAAUUGCCAAACAUCUCCGUCCUCAUACGUUACGCGCAAACUUUGGAGUUGACAAAGUUCGUAAUGCUGUUCAUUGUACAGACUUACCUGAUGAUGCUGCACUGGAGGUUGAAUAUUUCUUUCAUAUAUUAAAGCAAUGAGAAAGAAAAUGAAUCAUGCAGUUAAUGAACGACAAUUAUAUUAUUUUCUAUUUAUUCAACCAUAUAAAGGUUUUGAUGUAAAUAUCUUUUUUAAUCAUCAUUUAUGUUCUGUUUUAGUGAAAUUUAAGUAUAUUAGUUUCAUUCAUUA